AUGCCCACCUGGUUCCGGAAAGGCAUCAGCCCGGGAACUACCAUCACCCUUGAUCAGCCCGUUGCUUCGAAAUGGGAAGUUGUGGAGAGGCUCAGUGAAGCUGAUGAGCAGCUAUUCGAAGCCGAUCGUCGCCGUGGGGAAAAACUUUCCUAUGCCAAAAAUACUGCACAAGACAAGUCGGGGCUUAUCCCGAAUGGCUUCGCGGUCUACCUCGUGUGGGAGAUGGUACCAGGACUCCAUCUCGGUAGCAGGGCUAGCCCCGAUGCGUUCUGGGAUCUAGAUCAUGCCGAAAGAGAAGAGAUUCGUCAAAACUCCUUGAGGAACUUCUCUUUGAUAAGAGAAAAUGGAUAUUUCCCUGAUGUGCUUACUUCGUCGGAUAAGACGGGCAAACCUAAAGAGAUCUUCCCCGACGUUAUGUGGAUAGCACACUUUAAGCUCGCCAUACCAAACUCGAAUUUCAUCUCCUCAGGCACCCUAAGUUUCAUGCGCUGGCGUGAUGCACAAAGGUCUCACGACGAAACAACAUCGCCGCCCAUUCCAAGCAACGCACAGUUUCAUCUAGCGCCGACCGUCCCAGUAAAGAGAUUUACGGCUCAUGUGAUCAAUCCCCGGCGAUGGGAGGGAUUUGAAUCUAUGCACGGGGAUAAGGGCAAUGAGCGCUAA